UGGUGCAGUUUUGCUUUCAAGGAUGGCGCAGAAGAAAUAUCUUCAAGCAAAAUUGACCCAGUUUCUAAGGGAAGACAGAAUUCAAAUUUGGAAACCACCAUAUACUGAUCAAAAUAAAGAAGUUGGUUUGGCCUUGAAGGACCUUGCUAAGAAGUACUCUGACCGACUAGUGUGCUGUGAGAAUGAAGUGGAAAACAUAAUAGAAGAGAUCCGCUGCAAAGCCACUGAGCGUGGCACAGGAAAUGAACACUACCGAACAACCGGGAUUGCCACGAUUGAGGUGUUUCUGCCUCCAAGACUCAGGAAAGACAAGAAAAGCUUGUUGGAGACCCACUUGCAUGUCACUGGUAGAGACCUGAGAUCUAAAAUAGCUGAAACUUUUGGAUUUCAAGAAAAUUACAUCAAGAUUGUAAUAAAUAAGAAACAACUUCAACUAGGGAAAAGCCUUGAAGAACAAGGAGUGACUCACAAUGUAAAGGCCAUGGUGCUAGAACUGAAACAGUCUGAAGAGGAUGUGAGGAAAAACUUCCAGGUAGAGGAAGAGGAACAGAAUGAGGCAGAACUGAAGGAGAAACGCAUUCAGAGGACCAAAAGGGGACUGGAGAUUCUGACAGAGAGAGCUGAGAUGGUAGAUCCGGAAACCAUGCCUUACUUAGACAUUGCAAACCAGACAGGCAGGUCAAUCAGAAUUCCUCCUGCCAAAAGAAAAGCCCUUAUGUUAGCUAUGGGAUACCAUGAGAAGGGCAGAGCUUUCCUGAAGAGGAAAGAGUAUGGGAUAGCCUUGCCAUUCCUUCUGGAUGCUGACAGGUAUUUCUGUGAGUGCAAAGAGCUGCUGGACACUGUGGACAACUACGCGGUUCUCCAGCUGGAUAUUGUGUGGUGCUACUUCCGCCUGGAACAACUGGAGUGCCUGGAUGAUGCAGAGAAGAAGCUGAACUUGGCCCAGAAGUGCUUUAAAAACUGUUAUGGAGAGAAUCACCAGAGAUUGGUCCACAUAAAAGGAAAUUGUGGGAAAGAGAAAGUGUUGUUUUUAAGACUCUACCUGCUUCAGGGGAUUCGGAACUAUCACAGUGGAAAUGGAGAGGAGGCUCGGGAAUAUCUCAACAAGGCACGCCAGCUCUUUAAAGAGCUGUACAUUGAUCCAUCAAAAGUUCACAACUUGCUGCAGUUGGGAUUCACUGCCCAGGAAGCCCGGCUCGGCCUGCGGGCUUGUGAUGGGAACGUGGACCAUGCAGCCAUUCAUAUUUCCAACCGCAGAGAGGAACUGGCCCAAAUGAGGACGGAGGAGAAGGAGAAGAGGAGACGCCGCCUGGAAAAUAUCAAGUCUUUGAAAGGAAUGGGCUACUCCACACAUGCUGCCAAACAGGCCCUUCACCAGGCCAGAGGCAACCUGGACGACGCCCUGAAGAUUCUCCUCAGUAACCCCCACAUGUGGUGGCUACAGGACUCAGACUCUGAAAACAGCAGCCAUCAAGCAAGUCCGUCUCAGGAAAGCAUCGACCAACUGGUGUACAUGGGUUUCAACACAGUGGUGGCUGAAGCAGCACUAAGGGUAUUUGGGGGCAAUGUCCAGGUAGGAGCUCAGACCCUUGCGCACCAUGGAGGAAGCCUUCCUCCAGACCUGCAGUUCUCAGGAGAGGACUCCUCUUCCACAGCGUCCACAUCCCCGUCUGACUCUGCAGGGACCUCUAGUGCCUCAACAGAUGAAGACAUGGAGACAGAGGCUGUCAACGAGAUCCUGGAGGACAUUCCAGAGCACGAGGAGGACUACCUGGACUCAACUCUGGAGGACGAAGAAGUCAUUAUUGCCUAGUACUUGUCCUAUGUGGAAAGUGUAAGGUCUGCU